AUGCCUUCGCCGUCAAAGCGACGCAAGAAGAAUGACUACCAUUCUACGCCCCAGACCGCACGAAGCUUAGACUACUUCUUCAGUAAACAAACCCAGAGCAUUGCGCAACCUGAGAAGGCCACGCCCAGAGAUGGCCAGAAUGACUUAUACCAGAGUGACGAACCUAAUUUCGCCAAGGAGCAUCAAGAAUCAACUUUAAAUGACGAAGAACUGGCCCGAAAACUACAGGCGGAAUGGGAAAAAGAGGAUACGCUUGCUAGGGAAGCUCCGGCAGAUGUGGUCCCAGCAGCACAGCCUACAAACGAUAAAUCUUCUGAUUCUGGCAAUCAUACACCAAUUCAGCAAGAGACAGCAGUAGGAAGACCUUGUUCAAAUGGUCCCACGAAACAUACGUUAUCGCUCCAAUCAGCCGCCGCGGCGGAGGAUACUGUAUCAGCAGCGAUUCCAUUCGACGAAAGCCCCUUGACCUUCGACCCUUCGAAAUAUAUACCAGCACUUCAAGAGCAUUGGGCAUCUGAAGGCGGUGAUGCGACGUACGCUUUGCUAACGAGGUGUUUCGUACUCGUCAAUAGCACCCAAAGUCGUAUCAAGAUAGUCGAUACUUUGGUUAACUUUCUGAGGACCAUUAUUGAGGGUGAUCCUUCCAGCCUUCUUCCAUCCGUAUGGCUUGCCACGAAUUCAAUAUCGCCCUCCUACAUUUCUCUCGAACUAGGACUGGGCGGAUCUGCCAUAUCCAAAGCAUUAAAAAAAGUAUGUGGGCUCGACAACCAGGGGUUGAAAACAUUAUACAACAAAUAUGGCGAUGCAGGCGACGUCGCAUUCGAGGCAAAGAAGAAGCAAAGCUUUACGCUACGAAAGCCCAAGCCUCUCUCGAUCAAGAGUGUAUACCAGUCACUCGUCAAAAUUGCAAACAGCAAAGGCCACGGCAGCCAGGAAACCAAGCAAAGAAUUGUGGAGCGACUGGUGCAGGAUGCUCGAGGGGCCGAGGAAAGUCGGUACAUUGUGCGAACAUUGGUCCAACAUCUGCGCAUCGGUGCCGUCAAGACAACCAUGCUCAUUGCCCUAUCUCGUGCGUUUCUCCUCUCUCGACCUCCUGGCGCCGAUUUCUCUGUCCGCUCUCAGUCCGAACUUGCUGCACUCAAGAAAGAUGCCCUGGCAGAGAUAUACGCGCGACCAGAAGAAAUCGUCAAAGCAUGCUUUGCGCGGCGACCAAACUACAACGACCUUGUCCCCUGUCUGCUCGAGGUCGGCGUAUCAAAAGAGCUUCUCCUGCGGUGCGGGCUAGCCUUACAUAUUCCUCUACGUCCCAUGCUUGGCAGCAUCACACGCGACCUGGGUGAGAUGCUCACCAAGCUUCAAGGUCGAGAUUUUAGCUGCGAAUACAAAUACGACGGGCAACGGGCCCAAGUCCACUGCGACGAACGAGGCAAAGUCACCAUCUUCUCACGCCACCUCGAAAUCAUGACAGACAAAUAUCCAGACCUCGUGGCGCUUGUCCCUCAAAUUCGCAGCGAAGGAGUCGACAGCUUUAUCAUGGAAGGCGAAGUCGUCGCCGUCGACCACACCACGGGCGAGCUCAAGACCUUUCAGACCCUUGCCAACCGCGCAAGAAAAGACGUUGUCAUCGGCAGCGUCACCAUCGACGUCUGCCUCUUCGCUUUCGACCUCAUGUAUCUCAACGGCGAGGAACUCCUCGAUCGACCUUUCCGGGAGCGGCGCGAGCUUCUCCGGAGUCUUUUCAUCGAGGUACCACACAAAUUCACCUGGGUCAAAAGUAUCGACGCGACAUCCAGCGACUCUGAAUCUGUCCGUGAAUUCUUCAAAGGAGCCGUCGAAAACAAAUGCGAAGGGAUGAUGGUCAAAGUGCUCGACAACCUACCCAACCCGGAGCUCCAACAUGAGAUUGAGCUUGCUGAAACCGUUGAAACCGCAAACACUGCACAACUUCCCAAUGCCAGCGACACAAAACCCAAAUCCAAAUCAUCCGGAACCAAAUCCAAAUCAUCAAAAACCAAAACAUCCGCCCCCAAAAUCCUUCCUCUGCCCGCUCUGCCCACAGACCUUUCGCCCGAAAAAGAACAAGAGCUCGUCGCCAAAGAACGGCUCAACCCCACCACCGCUUCCCGCCGCAAGGCUCUCCUCGCCACCUACGAGCCCGACAAACGGCUCGACUCCUGGCUCAAGGUCAAAAAGGACUACGACUCGACCGCGGCUGACACGCUCGACCUCAUCCCCGUCGCAGGCUGGCACGGCAAUGGCCGCAAAGCCAAAUGGUGGUCGCCCAUUCUCAUGGCCGUGCGGAACCCCGAAACAGGCUCCCUCGAAGCCGUAUGUAAAUGCAUGUCUGGCUUCACGGAUAAAUUUUACCAGGCGAAUAAGGAAAAGUAUCCUGACAUUGGGACCAACGAACUCAGCAGCACAACUACCCUCCUCUCGCAACCCUCCUACGUCGAGUACACUGGCGCCGACAUCCCCGCCAUCUGGUUCGAGCCGCAAGAAGUCUGGGAGAUGGCCUUUGCGGACAUCACGCUCAGUCCGACAUAUACUGCGGCAAUCGGCCUAGUGAGUCAGGACCGCGGACUAAGUCUCCGUUUUCCCCGGUUUCUGAGAGUACGAGACGACAAGGGCAUAGAUGAUGCGAGCACGUCGGAUUUUUUGGCCGGGUUGUGGCGCAAGCAGGAGGCAAAAGGCGGAAAUAACGGCAAUGGCAAUGGCAGAGAGGAAGGUGCUACUGGCGGGGAUGCGAUGACAAAAGAAGAAAAAGAGGAAGAACAAGAAGGAGGAUUAGGGUCUGGAAGUGAAGAUGAGCAAGGCCUAUAUGAUGGCUAG